CCAAUAUUUGCCCAGUUGGUGUUCUCCUUAUCCAUAUUCAACAAGAAACAACACAAAGAUGAGCACUAACUUACAACCAAAGUAUUCCAAAGACGUCCAGGACUAUGCCAAAGUCUAUGACACCCAGCCCGAAGGUUUUUACCAAUCAAUGGUUAAUGGAUUCGGUUCGUUUUUCGGAUCAUUGGGUAUAAUUCCAUGUUGUUGUUGUUCAAACCCAUACACUGAUGUCAAGCAAGGUACCGUUGGUCUGGUUACUAAGUUCGGUGAGUUGGCAAGAGUUGUUGAUCCUGGUUCCACUUACGUGAACAUCUUUUCAGAGAAGCUGUAUACUGUGAGUAUCAAGACUGAGGUUCAAGAGAUUCCUUCCCAGGUCUGUAUGACCAAGGAUAACGUUAACGUUGGUAUCAAAUCUGUCGUUUACUACAACAUUGUGGAUCCUCAGAAGGCUGUGUUUGGUAUCUCUGAUAUUUCAGAAGCAAUCUCUGAAAGAACGCAAACCACGUUGAGAGAUGUCAUUGGUGCAAGACUACUACAAGACGUUAUCGAACGUCGUGAGGAGAUUGCAGAAGCCAUUGAAGAAAUCAUCCAACAUAUUGCUGCGGAUUGGGGUGUAUCUGUAGAAUCAAUCCUCAUCAAGGAUUUACAAUUGGAUUCUACAAUUACAAAUUCUUUAUCCCAAGCAGCUCAGGCGAAGAGAAUCGGUGAGUCAAAGAUCAUCACUGCAAAGGCUGAAGUUGAGAGUGCCAAAUUGAUGAGACAAGCUGCUGAUAUUCUCGCUUCUAAGCCUGCUAUGCAAAUUAGAUACUUGGACGCUAUGCAAAAUAUGGCGAGAUCUUCUGGCUCUAAAGUUAUCUUCAUGCCAAGUUCCGGUGACGUUGAAAAGGCUGCAAGUGAUGUUUCAGGUACUCAGUAUGAAACGUCCUCUUCAAAUCAUGCAAAGUCAAGUAACAAGACUGAUAUGAUAGCAAUGCAAGAAGCAUUGAGUUGAUCUCGUUGGAUUUUUCACGAAUCUUUAUAUUCUUAAUUUUUGAUACGGUGUCUGGUGUCA